CCGCAGUGGGGCCAGGACAAGAAGCUGUCCAAGUACGAGACGCUGCAGAUGGCGCUGAGCUACAUCAUGGCCCUGACCCGCAUCCUGGCGGAGGCCGAGCGCUUCGGCUCGGAGCGGGACUGGGUGAAUCUCCACUGCGAGCACUUCGGCCGCGACCCCUACCUCCCGUUUGCGGGCGCGAAGCUGCCGGGCGAGAGCGAGCCCUACGGCCAGAGGCUCUUCGGCUUCCCGCCCGAGCCCUUCCAGAUGGCCAGUUAGGGCGCGCGGCCCCGCCGGUGCGGUCCGGGCAUCUAGCCCCGGAGCCCGCCUCCCCUUUCCCGGUGUCUGCAGGGCCUUUCGGUGACCGAGGAUGCAUUCUUAGCAUAAAGUUAGCAGACUUUCAGGUUACUUUAGUUUGCAUCACUAGGCUAUGGACACGAUGGUUUUAUUGUCUUCCUUCCCCCCUUCUUAUCAGUGUUUUGCAGAUUUCAUAGAUGGAUCUUGUGAAUGGUUUUGAUGGCUGUGAAAAUAAUUCCCCCUCUCCCUUUUUUGGUCUACGUUGAGGGAAAACAAUCUUAAGGGAAACGUAGAAGUAAGGGUAUACUGCAGCUUUGGUCCUCAGAGAAAUAACCACUUCCUUAAACUUGGUCCGUUUGUCCUGUUCGGGUGAAGUUACGGUAUCCAUUCCUCGUGUAUGCUUAAAACACAGCUACCUUCCUAUCGUGUGAAUGCAUUUUGCUUAGUGCAUUGUGUGCGCAUGCAUGAAGUAGACUCCUUCCCCCAACCCCAGAGUACAUGGCCGUGAAUGAUCUGUAUUUUUAAAAACUGUGUAUACAUUAUUAAAAUAUAGAUUUUGUAAAAUAUGGAUAAAAACGUAGGUCUGUUUUUCGUGCCCUGCUGGUUUCCUGAUGGCACUAAAGGCCUAAUUGGGGGUUAAUGAUGUUGAGUGCUUCCCUGAGCAAAGAUGUGAAAUAUUUAAAUCUAAUCACAUCAAUGGUAAUUGUGCUGUUUUGUAAUACUUCCUAAAACAACAACAACGACAAAGCCGAGGCGAGUACACAUAAUUAAUGUGAAAGCUUUCUCUGUAAUCUUGGAAAUAGAGAUGUAUUUUUCAUGUUUUUUAAAUGAUUAAA